AUGAAGACCGCCGUCGCUGUAUUCGCUGCUGCAGCCGCGGUUGUUUCUGCUGUUCCUAAUGGAGGCAUUCCUGUUGAUGCCAAGGUCGCCUGUGAGAAGCCCAAUGUCAAUUUCUGUUUGGAUGACACGACCCUCGUGGUAUGCGACGCCAACAAGGUGGGCACUCGCACAUUCUGUCGUGAGAGUCUUAUUCCAUCGCCUCCUGCAGAUGGAAUCGGCUUGUGCUGGCAGAGUUCGAAAGACGCCAACGAUGCGGUUUGCCAAAAGGCAUGCGUCGUCUAUCAUCCAACUCAAUACACCAUUCCUGCCGUCCUAUGUAACCCUACGUACAUCCCAACCGAGGUUCCCAGGUCUCCUACCUUUGGGACUCCUACUCGCACCGCUAGCAUUCCUGUUGGGACCUCGACAACACCAGGUCCUGUUUCAUCCAGUACUUCCACGUCGGGUGUCAUGAGCAUCCCAGAGGGCACCAGCCUGGGAACUGCCACACUUCCCCAUACCACUCAAAGUGAGCCGGCCAACCCAACACGUUCCUCGACUGGUACUUGGUCGCCUACCGACUCUGAUGAUUGCCCUACUCCUACAGCCACUGGUACUCCCACUGGAAAGACCGGUAAUAACACGACGUCUCAUACCACUUCGCACACAGCUAUCCCAACUGCUGGUGCCAGCACCAACCACAUCAUCAGAGCCCUCGCAGCCGCCGCCUUUUUCGCUGCUUUCUUAUUCUAA